GCGUCCACGAAGGAAUGGGCUGCGGGAGAAGUAGCUAGUGGCUGAGAGAAGCGAUCAUCGCAGUGAAGAUGGCGAGAGGAAUGCGGGGACUAAGGAGAGCCGUACUAGAAUGUAUAAAAAAGUUACCCGUCACAGCCAGCCGAGAAACACCUAAAAGGAUUGGCGUAAGAUAUCUCUCCUCAUGUGGGAUCCUGAUGAUGAGGGUGCCACCCCUCCUGGGGGCCAUGCCCAGGUCCACAGUCAUCGUGGCCCCCACCCGCUCCUUCUUCAACCUGGCUGACACCUUCAACAAGAGGAAGGAGUACUCUGAGAGACGCGUUAUGGGGUACUCUAUGUUGGAGAUGUAUGAAGUGGUAGCUGGGGUGGAGAACUACCUUCACUUCGUUCCCUGGUGUAAGAAGUCUGACGUGGUGUUCCGGCGCUCGGGGUUCUGUAAGGCCAAGCUGACAGUUGGCUUCCCCCCGGUAGUGGAAAACUACACCUCGCUGGUCACCACAGUGCGCCCCCACCUGGUCAAGGCAGCCUGUUCAGACGGUAAGCUCUUCAACCACCUGGAGACGGUGUGGCGCUUCAGCCCUGGCCUCCCUGGCUACCCUCGCACCUGCACGGUUGACUUCUCUAUCUCCUUUGAAUUCCGCUCCCUGCUGCAUUCCCAGCUGGCCACGGUUUUCUUUGACGAGGUGGUGAAGCAGAACGUGUCGGCGUUUGAGAGGCGGGCCGGGAAACUGUACGGAGCACAGACCAUGAUCCCCAGAGAGCUCAUGUUUCAUGAGGUGCACCACACGUAGCGUGCCCCAACGGUUCAUCCUCUCUCUACACACACACACACACACACAGUCAGCCAUGGCAGGGAGGGGGGGAGAGAGGUUAAAUGCCUGAACACUGCAGUGCCUUAUCAGAAAACAACGAAUGAUUUUAUACCCAUUAACUGCUUGUGGCUAGAUUCUGUCCCCCUCCCUGUCCCCCCAAAAUACCAUCCCCCCCGUACCACCAUAGACCCCUACUGGUGCCACCUCGCCCCAAAGAAACCAUCAGCACCUCUAGCCAGUAGGCACAUCUGAGCUUAGUGCUUUCCCCAUGCGGUGAGCACAGGGCUCAUAAUAGCCCUCUUGUGGAGAUAUAAAAACUCUUCUACUAAGGCCUAAAUAAAGUCUGUUUAUAGAGAAAGGCUGUGUGUAAGAUACUAUGGUAGCGAGAUCAGGGGAAAGGGACUGGUUAUGUCCUGAUCAGGCCAGCAGUUUGUGAAGGCCCAUCCAAGAUAUGACAUGUGCAUUACGUUAUUGUAACUAACAUUAUAAACUGGGUGGUUCGAGCCCUGUAUGCUGCUUUGGCAGUGGUAUACCACGGGUAUGACAAAUGUUUUUUACUGCUCUAGUUACCUUGGUAACCAGUUUAUAAUUGUGAUUAGGCACCUCUGGGGUCUGUGUAAUAUGGCCACUAUUUCACAGCUAAGGUCUGUAUCCAGGCACUCUGCUUUGCGUGGUCCAAUAGAACAGCCCUUAACUGUGGUAUAUUGGCCAUAUACCACACCUCCUCUGGCUUAAGUAGCCUAAUGCUAUGUUGUCAUGUGGAUAAGAUGGAGGCUGGGGUAUCAAAGGAUCGGCUUGUACAUUUUUGAAUGAAGUGUGAGCACUUUGAAGAUCGACGUUUCCUAAAGGAAUGUCGCAACACUGCCGAGCCUACCCACACAUACCUGUUCAAGAGGUUCUGUGUUGCAACAAUGUUACCGGGGACAUUUCUCCUGCAUCCCAUAUAGCACGUUGUUCUCUAAUGACCAUGGGAGGCAUGUUGUUCAGUUAUGGCACUUGUGCAAUAUGUGUUUAGUUUUCUAAAUGCAGCUACUUUUUCCCUAGAGAUAUGCACUGUUUAAAAGGGCCCAGACUGGCUAGGCAGGGUACAGUGUCAUCCAAACUGUGUCAAAUGGCACCAUAUUUCCUAUACAAUACACCCGUAGGGCUCUGGUCAAAAGUAGUGCACUAUAAAGGGAAUAAGUUAACAUGUCAGUUGCUUGUGUCUGCCAGUCAGAAUACUGUCAGAGGUAUCUUACCAUAGAACCUUUUAAAGAUGUCACUCUUAUGUACACCCAGUGACCUUUGACCUGAUCCUAGUGGAAUCAUAUUUAUAUUUUAUAACCUUAAGCAUUCUACUCAUAGAUAUUUAAGUUAACAUGUACAUAUUGUUUUAAGACCACAGAUAAGUGCUGACUUAACUAUAAUUGUUUUAUAGUGCAAAUGGGUGUUUCAAUGAGCGAAGAUGUAAACUAUUUUUAUAUUAAAAAAGGUUUGUGUGUAGACUCCAGAACAUUUAA